AUGAUACCCCCAGUAGACAACCAUAUUCUCCAAUCGAAUCCGAAAUUUGCUGCUCUUUAUGCCAACCUUACGAACAACAUCCUAAACUCAGAUGGCUCUACGACGAAUCACCCCUCUCAAAAGGAGCGGGCCGUUAUCCAACUAACGCUUAGAAAAGCACAAGCAAGUUCUGCGAAAGAUAAAUUCCUGAUUUCAGGUCUGCGAAAUCUAGAUCUCUCAACCCCGCCUGUCGCAAAGCCAUCAAAAACACAGCCUAGACCUCCACCCCAACCACUUCCGUCAGAACUCGUUGAACUUAUCCUGCUCCUUACAUCCCGCCUUACAGCAACACAGAUACCACUUGCACAUAUCAAACUCCUGGAAUCAACGCCGCAAUGGCGCUCAUUACCAGAACAUCUGCCCUACAUAGCCUCUCUGCUUUCCACCCAUCUACAGACACAAGCUUCUGCACUCACGCGCGUCCUCUCACCGACAACGAAUCCUUCAUUUAUACAUCGUUCGAUACCGAAAUUGUAUCCGAGUAUUGCGGCUCUGCAGGAGGAGAUAGACACCAAGCGGCUCGCCCUUCAUAAGCAACGAAGCGCCCUGACCACACAAACGACUACUUUAUUGCAAGCCUAUCAAGAUGCCAUAGCCAUCACAAUCCAGCUUCUCGAAACCUCGAAACAUGGAUCUUUAUCUCUCGAACGGCAUUACCUCACGCAAAUAACUUAUCUGGCACUUGAGGCCCAAAAAGUAGAGCUCGAAGCUCGAGCGAAGUGUGUGAAGGCGAAGAAAAUGAUAUACACACCCGAGGCGGUAGAAGCUCUGGGGAGAUACAAGGAGAAUCUAAGGGAUGCGAGAGAGAGACUGAGUGAUAGGAAGAGAAGUGCGGAAAGGAUACUCUGGGGUUAUGGGGUAGGGAGGAAAGAGGAUGAGGGUGGGAAGGAAAAGGAAAAGGUUAUGAGAGAGAUUGCUAGGGUAUAUGGGGAGUUGAGAAAAGAGAUUGGAGAAGUACAAAGGGAUGUGGAAAGGCUUCGUGGGAAAUAA